UCACCUGACCAUUCUGAGCCCCGCCCCUUUGUCACUUCAGCCUCGGCGGAUCUCCAUUUUCUUCUUUCGCUGUCAGGGAGCAGAGAGUCGACGAGAGAGUCGAUAGGAGUCACAAUGAAUGACGAAUACGACGUUAUCGUCCUGGGCACCGGACUCACGGAAUGUAUCUUAUGUGGAAUCAUGUCUGUGAAGGGCAAAAAGGUUCUACACAUGGACCGCAACUCCUACUACGGCGGUGAGAGCGCCUCCAUCACACCUUUGGAAGAUCUCUUCAAACGCUUUAACCUUCCUGGCAAACCUCCCGAGUCCAUGGGAAGAAGUCGGGACUGGAAUGUGGACCUCGUCCCAAAAUUCCUAUUGGCCAAUGGCCAACUGGUCCGAAUGCUGCUGAUCACCCAGGUGACCCGUUAUCUGGAUUUCAAAGUCAUUGAGGGCAGCUAUGUGUACAAGGCAGGCAAAAUCUACAAAGUCCCCUCCACAGAGACUGAAGCUCUGGCGUCCAGUCUGAUGGGGCUGUUCGAGAAACGACGCUUCAAAAACUUCCUCGUCUUUGUUUCCAACUUUGACGAAAACAACCCCAAGACCAUGGAGGGUUUUGAUAGCCAGACGAAGAUGAGGGAAGUCUUUAAAAAGUUUAACCUGAGCAGUGAUGUCGUCGACUUCAUUGGCCACUCCCUCGCUCUCUACCGCACAGAUGAUUACUUGGAUAUGUCCUGCAUCCACACAAUACAGAGGAUUAAGCUUUACAGCGAGUCUCUGGCCAGAUAUGGCAAGAGCCCAUACCUCUACCCGCUGUACGGCUUGGGAGAACUGCCACAAGGCUUUGCCAGGCUGAGCGCCAUUUACGGUGGGACAUACAUGUUAAACAAGCCCAUAGAGGAGAUAGUGAUGGAGAAUGGCAAGGUGGUGGGAGUCAAGUCCCAGGGGGAGACGGCCAGAUGUAAGCAACUGAUCUGUGACCCCAGCUACUUUAUGGAUCGUGUCAUCAAUGCUGGUAAGGUGAUCAGGGCCAUUUGCAUCCUGAGUCACCCCAUCUGCAACACCAGUGAUGUCAACUCUUGCCAGAUCAUCAUCCCCCAGAACCAGGUCAACAGGAAGCACGACAUCUACGUGUGUAUGAUCUCCUUCGCUCACAACGUGGCAGCAGAGGGCAAAUACAUCGCCAUCGCCAGCACCACGGUGGAGACCAACGACCCCGAGAAAGAGAUCAAGCCAGCCCUGGACCUUCUGGAACCCAUCGAGCAGAAGUUUAUCAGCGUCAGUGACCAGUUUGUUCCUCAAGACAUGGGCGAGGAAAGCCAGGUCUUCAUCUCCCGUUCCUAUGACGCCACCACCCACUUUGAGACCACCUGUGAUGACAUCAAGGACAUCUACCGCAGGAUGACUGGCUCAGACUUUAACUUCGCCGAGAUGGAGCGUGGGAAGAAGGACAUCUACGGUGACGCUGCAGAGUAGACCCUCAAGGAGAAAACUGCCAUCUUUAGCUUUGUCUAGAAAAUCAUUGGGUGGUCCCAGUGGUGAUGUAGAUGAUGUACUUUUCUAAUUGGUUACUAACAUCUCAUGUCCAAAGAUGUGUCUACAUCAUUCUUCUUUUCUACUACCUGGACCUCAAUUCUAUCACUUUGAUGUUGACUUAAGAAGGACCAAAGCCCUCUGACGUCACCAAAUAUUUCUGUACUGCAGAGUAAAACUACUUUAUCAAC